UCGUGUGUCAGUCGGUGCGCACAGGCCGAGGGUCGUGGACGUGUACGACCUUUUACUAUUAAAUGUUACGCGAGUUUGUAUUUUAAAAUAAUAUCAUUGAAAAUUAUAAUAUUGUGCACAGUGAAGUGAAAACAGCCGCCUUUCAAAAGACGUUCAUUGUUUGAUGGUGGCAAUAAUUAUACAAGUAACAAGAUGGCAGCGAGCCGACAACUUCGGCUGCUGCUGUGGAAGGACUAUCUCAUUAGGAAAAGAAAUCCGAUAACACUGGCGGGCGUUGUAUGGGGCACUGUCGUCGUAAUGAGUCUGUACAUCGUCAGGAUCAACGUUGACAACCAAGAUUAUCCCACGUGUCAGUUUCCUGCUCGCGCGCUGCCCAGUGCUGGAGUCAUGACUUUCCUGCAGUCCUUUAUUUGCAGCGUCAACAACGAAUGCUCUCCAAUGGACGAAUACGAGGAAAUACCUUCGUAUUCUAAAUCGAAGUUGACACAAAUAAAGCAGCAGUUUGCACCGUUGUUCUCCAACUCCUCGCUGCUGGGAACAGCGUCGUCGAUGCCAGACGCGCUCAAACUACUCGCUACGCUGUCAGACGUCGCAGAUGUGCCCAACUUUGUCUAUAUAGCCAAACAUGGUCUACGCGUAAAAGAACUGUUCCGGAAUCCUGACAGAGUUAAGCGAUAUUUGCAAAAAGAAAUAGAACUUGAGGAACCGCUCACUAACAGUUUGAUGGAUUCAGCAUUAAGCUUUGAGGGCAUUCUACAAGGAAAAUUUAACAUAUGUGACAUAGACUCGAUGAUAAAAACAAUAAAAAUGGAUAAAAAUAACAUGGAGAUAUUUGUGCAGAAGAUUUGUUCACUUUCAUCAUCAAGCAUGCAAAAAUUGACUAUGGACUUAUUACUAGAGAUAGAUUUAGGCAAAUAUUUACAGAUGUUAGGUAACAUGUACUACAAGUUGACGAAAGACGAGAGGAUGUUAGAUUUGGGGAAGAUGGCUGGCGCGGUGCUGCGCAUGGCGUCGCUACAAAGCUUCCUGCCGCCGGAGAUCACUGAGAUCCUGCACAAUGAGACUCCUGACUUUACGUACAUACAGCUCGAUGUCAUUUCCAACAUCCUUGAUUACUUCGAACCGAAUUUCGGGGACACACAGUCUUACAAAUUUAUCAGAGACUUCGCAGAUUCAUCGGCAAUGGUUGUAAAGUUUUUGAAUAAAUUCUUAGAAAAGCAGAGAAUGAAAUCUUUUAGAACUAUUGAUAAACUAUCAAAUUACAGUGAAAAGGGAGAAAAUAAGUUAAAAUCAACUGUGAAUGGAGUGUCCAAUAUAUUUUCUAAUGCUAAAGAAGCUUUCGAAGAUUUAGCUGACAACGGUGUUUCUAUUGACGUAUUUAAUGUAUUGUCUCGUAUUACGAAUUUCAUUUACAAAUGGCUGCCGGAUAACAAGAAGCAUGAUGUGUUAUUCUACUCCACUCUGAUGACGAAACUGAUCGAGGAGGCGGAGAAAGUGAUCUACAUCAAUGUGCAUUUAGAAGAAUUAAUGUAUAAUGUCUCGCUGCGACAUCCGCAGGGGAUGAGUGCGGUGCUGUCGCUGCCUGUGAAUAUGUUUGAAAAGAGCUUAGAAGCUUUAUCUGAUCCAGAAAGAGCUCAGAUUUUAACAUCAAAAUUAGACUCCCCUGGUGACGUAUUCUGUGAUAAAAGAAAGUUACAGAAGUUCUUCGAGAUAGACGUAGCAGAAGUAGCCGAGUUACAUAACCAGCUGUGUACAGACUCGCUGAAGGAAUAUCUCAAAGAUAUGAUACAUUCUUUAGGAAUCCUCAGCGUCAGGAGCAGUAUCAACUCGAUGGCGUCACUUUUUAUUCAAGAAACUUUAGGAAAAGACACAAAUUCUCAACUUUAUUCUAUAGAUCAUGAUUUCAACGUUCUCAGGAAUUUUAGUCGAACUAUUAAUCAUUUGGAUGUCGAAGAACCGAGACAUGUUAAUUGGAGAAAUGUUGUAGAUGACAAUACAAAUUCAGAUAUAAUUAAUAUAAUUCGUGAUAAAAGACAUGUUGGGAAUCAUAUCUUAGUGACAGUUCACGGAGCACUCGCCAAAGCAGUGGUCAAACAGAAUCCUGUGUUAGAAUACAAAAUAGCGCCAUUCCUAAUAGACGCUACAACGAUAGUAGACGCUUUGAACAAAGAUAUAGACAACACGCCGCUACAGGUCGCGGAGAAAGCUAAAGCUUUAUACCCAGCUGUACUUACAACUAUAUUGUCUACUGCACUACACCAACAGAAGCUGUUCAAGUUGCUGACAACUUUCAGUCUAGAUUCAACGUGUAAAGGAGUUGUUACCGCUUCGAAGUAUCUAGAGUUUCCUCCAAACGUAAACAAAGAAGAGGUUGUAUCAACUCUAUGUAACAUCAGCGAAGUGUUCGAAAAUGUAUUGAAGCGUGAUUCAAAUUUGGGCAAAGCAAUAAAAUUAAUAAUGAUAGGAGGUGAAAAGACAUCUGGAAUCCAAUGGACGAAACUCAUAAAAGGUUUAAGGAAUCUGUACAAGAAGAUAGAUAAAUUCUAUCCAUAUUUACUUGAAUAUAAAAGUUAUGGAAUGAACAAAGAGAUGCGUCAUAAUGUUGCGAAAAUGAUAAAACAAGUCAAGGCAUUUUGGUUCAGUCCACAAAAUUGGAGUAUGAGUUUAAGUAUGAAACUGGCGUUUGAAAUCCUAGAUCUUAUGGACCGUGAUAUCUUCGAUAUAACGAGCGAUGUUUGGCUACAGUUUAAAUACGGCCUCGGCGUGGUGACAGGCCCAAUGUUGCUCGCUGAUGAUGUUGUCAAGUUAGUUCAAGCAAUAUUAAAGAACGAAACAAUCACAUCCCCCUUACCGUCAGACACGGUGGCCAGCUUGAGGCGAGUCAUUCCUGACUUCCCGCAGCUGCUGCACGAGACAGUCGACCUGGUGGCCAGAGAUGACACCAAGAUAGAACCAAUAAUAGAAAUAAUGAACGGAAACAAAUCUUGGCCGUGCUCCGACACUAGUUUGGGCGACAUUCUGAACUUGACCACCUCUUCCAAAGGAACUGUGAAAGGCAUAGAAAGCUUGCUGUGCAUAUCCCAAAGUACACUGGACGAAUGGAAUUUAUAUUUAAAAUCUAAAUAUAUUUUUAGAAACAAGUCAAAUUUGAACAGCAAAGAUUUUGGUCCGCACAUCUUUCUACGGUUUUCGGGAGCAUUUGAUUCUUUUAUAGAAGACUUUUAUAUUAUCAAAUAUAUUUUGCUGGAUGCACUUGACGAGCCAACUGAUCGCGUCACAUUGAUGACAGCCUGGCGACAUGCUGUCAAUGUGUUAAAUACUAUGCAAAGUGUUCCUAUUUUAAGGAAUGUGUUCACCAAGAUGGACGUCGUUUUGAACUCAAUCCAAGCGCCAGUGAAGUCCGGCACUCCUUUGGCGACCUUGUGGCGGUCCUUGUUGAGCUGUGAGGGCGAUUGCAGCGACCUCGCUCGCACCACUGUUCUUAACAUUUUCAAGUUCCUGUCGCUGACCGUCAGCAACGUCGCUGAUGACCUGUUGUCUUAUUUUAAAGAGAUCAAUGAACCGGACGUAAAUUUACUGCAGCUGAUCGGCUUUACAAAGAAAACGAGUCUGUACCUGCUAUAUGAAAGGUUGCCGGACUUUAUCGGAGUGCUGGCUAACUCAUUCCUUGAUUUCGGCUUCAUGAACCAGAUUCGACGAGCAACACAGAGCACUUUUUGGGAUUGCGAGGCCGUCGUGAAGAGCCUAGUGCCGGCGCCAGGCGGGCCCGUUGACCAAGACAUGAUCGCCCUAGUCCAGCCGUUCGUAUGCCCUUCCUUCCUCUACUGGAUCUCACUGCCUAGAGGAGAUAACGUUAUCGUGGAUGUAGUAGCCAAACCUCAAUACUAUUUCUUUACAUCUGCUGCAGAUGAUUUGAACAGUACCUUUGAAAGUGCGUAUAACAAGGCAAAUGCAUUAUCGACUUUCAUGUCAGAACUUGCUCACAAUAAAAGUAAUAUCAAAGAAAACAUUAACAUUGAUACAAUGAGAGAAAAACUUAUAAAAUCUAUUGAUAUAAUGAUUAAUUAUAAAAUAAAUACAUCAAACACAUUUUAUCGUAUGUUUAAUGAAGCAAACAAGAAAUUACUGAUAUCCUCAACAUAUUUAACUAGAAUAGUUACAGUAAUUAAUAAGGUAUUAAAUAAAAUAGAUAAUGUAAGUGUUCAAGUUCUUAAAGUAGACGAAGACAAACUGAAAACAAUACAAGAUGAUAUAUCAACAUUUAAAAAACUAUUCAAAAGAAAGCCAACGGAUAGUAUUGCAGUAUUUUUCGAUACGAUUACAAAUUAUGUAUUGAGUAACGAAGAAAAUAACUUAACAGAAGCUUUUAUAGAAACAUGCAAUCGUUUUAAAAACAACGAUAUAACUAAAGAUAUAUUAAUUGAAAAUGAUAAAGUAAAAACACAAAUAUGUCAAAUGAACUAUGAUGUAAUAUUUUCUAUGAUAAAUACAGAAAAUGAUUUAGAAAACGCAAGACUGAGUCUACGUCACCUCGUUAAUGUACUACGUAAAGAUGGAGAGAACGUCGAUGAUAUUUCUAAGUUCCUGAAAUCAAGAGAAGAAAUAAUAAAGUCUUGGAAAUUAUCCACAAAAUACUCGUACGACCUUGGUAUACCAGUGUAUCUGAAGUAUUUACACAAUAACGUGCAGCAUCAAGUCAUUAUCCUUACCUUCUUGUCCGGAGGCAAUUGGUGGAAACAACUAAGGGAGCUAUACAAUGGACCAUUUGCUACCACGUUCUUGAAUAACGUAGAGAAAAUUUUUGACGUAGCUGAUGAUAUUUUGAACAAUUUGGAUAAAAUACGAUGGGUGCGUCUGAUCCGAGAGAUCAAUGUGAACAGCAAGGAAGACUUCUGCAAAUCCAAUACGUCUUUGUCCGAGUACAUCCCGGAUCGCAGUGGCGCGCUGGCCAGCUUCAAGCAACAGUUCUGCUUAGAAGACACCACAGAACUGAUCAAAGAAUUGAUGCCGCUACGCUUUGCUUCUCAGAUAUUUGACAGCAGUUUAAAAAUAUCAACAGACGUGAACUAUACAGCUGUAGAUAUAGAUAUAUCAAGAAUGGAAUCCAAUUUAGAUAAAAUAAUAAAAGGGCCGAGCCCCCCACAAGCACCGGGUUGGGUGACCGAGGAUAAACUGAAGAGGUUCAGAUCAUCAGCCGUUGCGUUGCUCUCUACGGAAACGCUCACCAAAGCGUCUUUUGGAAUUUUAGCAAAUAUGGUUGAUGCGGGCACAUUGUUGCUAAAUAACAGCCAAUGUACCCUUUGCUCUCAAUUCACGGCGUGGUUCAAACAGCUGAACCUCCAACUGUACAAGAAGCAGGAGUACGACAACUUGCUCUGCCAUUUGCAGGACAUGGACUUGACCAAUGUUUACCACACACUUAAGAACGAUUUUCAUUGGGAUAUGGCCAUAAAAGAGUUAAUUUCAUUUCGAAACUAUACAAAAUUCGAACUUAACAAGUCUAUGAACGAGUUCCUGGAGCUGGUGAAGCAACAUCUUCUGGAAGAUAUAAUGUCACCCACUACAAAGAUAUCGCAGUGUCUCACACACAAUGUUACUAAGAAUGCCUUUGGAAAUGCUACCUUAUUUGCAAAAGUCGCAGCACAAACGCUGAAAUUAUUACGCGCGGAGUUACCUCACUUACAAGAAGUAGACGGUAUAAAACAGGUUACAUAUUUAAAAGACUUGCAGAGAGCAGUAUCUCACAGACUGGACGUGAAGGUUCCACUCAAGAGUUACUUUAAUAAAAGCUUUGAUCUUACGAAAAGUUUAAAAGAAAUCAUCAAGGAGGACUAUCUUGUCAAAGCUGUUGAAGAUAGUAAAGUUAGCGUACAAGCUAUAGAUGACAUACAACCGGAAGAUUUAAUAUUUCAAAGUGAUGAGAGCUGGCAGGAUCUAUGUGAGAGUUGUGAUUGUAACAAACUCAUCGAUGUCAUUGUUAACAAUAUAAAUAAAACAUUAAUUAAUGAAGAUCUUCCAAUGUUACAAGAUGAAGAGUUCUGGCGUUUCAAAUUCAUAUCAAAUAGUCUGGAACAUUUCGAAGCGUUAGUCGAUCACGUAGCUCGGCUGUUGGGUGUGGUCAGUAUAGUUGAUGUGGGGGGUGUGAUGCAGGGAAGGCUGGUUGCUGUCAUUGACACCGCCAUACAACUCCUCACUGAUGAUACACUUGGUAGCAUUGUUUAUAGCUUGCAUGGAUUAACAACUGAACUGACACCAAUAAUAAAAGCUUACGAUCUCCAUGUUAAUCUGCUCGAUGUGAGCCGAGGCUUACUGGUGCUGCAACAGAUUAGAAAUUCAUUAAUUGAAGAAGAUAUUAAAGUUCCAGUAUCAGAGUUAUUCUCUGCUCCUGAUGAGCUGGAAGUGGAGCUGAGCGCGCUGGGCAUCAACAACACUAACUUCUGGUCUGUAGCCGCGCCUCGCAUACACGCCGGACACCUACAGUUCAAACCGAUCCUGGCUUCAAAGGAUACGUUCCAUAUCAGGCAGCUGGUGUGCGAGGCGGAGGACCUAGCUCGGGUGCUGGUGCCCGCAAACUUGGAUGUGGUGACAUUGGAUGACGUGCUUGGCGCACUCUCCGAACAGUUCUGCGACCUGGAUGAGGAUAUCGCCAAGAAGAUCGUGUCCGUCCUACUGCGGAACUUAGAUUUCUCGUAUAUCAUAAACAAUAUAAAAGACUGGCUACUUCGCGAGCUUUACGCGGCGUCGGAUCUGCCGGCGCAGCGCGGCGAGCUGGUGCUGGACAGCUUCCCGCAGCUUGCUGCGCUCCUGCCCACAGUCAGGGACAGCUUUGAACGCGUCAGCGGGCUGCUGGCUGAUGAGCCCAUGCUCGACUACUUCAAAAAAGAUUUUUCUUUUGAUAGUUUGUUUGGAGGUGGCGACUUCAUGGCGGCGGCGGGCAAAAUGGUGUGCGGCAAACCAUUCAACACGCACGUCAACAGGUUCUUCAAGUCCAUCGUCGAAACCAAAGACUUAUCCAGCGAAGCUGACGCUGAACAAUUAGCAGUUUUACCCACGGACUUUUGCCGAUCGAUGUACAAGCAGAUUGUGAGCAUCGACGGCGGCAAGAUCGUGUGGAGUUUUGUGAAGCCGCUUGUCAUGGGCAAGAUCCUGUACACGCCCGCCACACCCAACGUGCACCAAAUCAUACAGAAGGCAAACGAGACAUUCGCACCAAUGGUACAGAUGAUAGAACUAGUACAGAGGUUCGCGAACGCAUUUCCCGCGAUGGGGGCGCUGACAUCGCACCGCGAGGGUCUCGCAGCCUUACAGCAGCUGCUCGCGGCGCCUGCAGCACAAGCACUCAAGGCAGAACUCUUCGGAGACGUGCAGAUACCGGAGUUCGAUGUUGAGGAGAUUUUCAACAAGUUAGGGAAUGUGCAGGACUUGGGUAGUAUCCUGCAGAAGGGCUCCAACAUCCUGGAGUGCGUGAACUUAAACCGCUUCAGACCGGUGUCUGACGAGCAUCAGCUCAGUCUCGAGGCCGUCAAGCUGGUGAGAGUGAACGAGUUCUCUGCUGGUUUGGUGUUCUUAAAUAAUGAGUCAAGUCUGGAAGUGCCACUAAAUGUGGAAUAUAAAAUAAGAAUGGACAUAGAGAAUGUACCAACGACAACUAGAAAGAAGAAUUUUCUUUGGAUCCCCGGGCCAGAGUCUAACUUUAUAGACAACAUGCGCUACUUCCGCGGCUUCGUCCAGAUUCAAGACAUCAUCGACAAGGCCAUCAUAGACGUCGCCGCGGACGGUCUGGGCAGCACUCUGGAUGUAGACUGGGCGACGUACACACAGCAAGAACCUUACCCCUGCUAUAGGAAAGACUUUUUCCAAACAUCUUUAUACGAGUCGCAGUCUCUUAUUGUAACAUUCUUCUUCUCACUGCUGUUCACAACUACUUCUGUUGUACGCUUUAUCAUCUCGGAGAAGGAAAGUGGUAACACCGUGCUGAUGUCAGUGAUGGGGGUGAGCCUGUCGUACCACACGUUGUCGUGGUUCGUGUGGUCUAUGGGCGAGCUGGUGGCGACGGCCGCCUGCAUCGCCGCUGUGCUGUACGCGGGUGGCGUCCUCCCCCACACAGCGCCAUCUCUUAUCUUCGUGCUCUUGUUCUUGUUUGCCUUCUCUGUACUGUCUUUCUGUUAUAUGAUGUCGAAGAUGUUCCGCGGCGCGAGCGUAGGCGCGGUGUGCGCCGGUCUCGCCUACCUCACCUCCUUUAUGCCCUUCGUGCUCAUCCUUUCUCUGGAGGCCGUGCUCACCAGCUCACUGAAAUUCAUCGUCUGCCUGUCGAUGUCAUCGUCGCUGUGCUACGCGUUCCUGUACAUAACGCGGUACGAGGCGAUGGGCUCUGGCGCGCAGUGGGCGCAGCUGUGGGCGUCGCCCGACGGAGUGCACGACAUGAGCAUCGGCCUCGCCGCCCUCAUAAUGGUUUUCGACGGUGUCCUCUAUAUCCUCAUCGGAUUACUUCUAGAAAAACUUUACGGCUUCCAAGCUCACCAAGUGAGCGUGGUGGACUGCGAGGCGGCAGGCGAGAAGGCAGGUGUGAGCGUUCUCAACGUAAGUAAGGUGUACGGCGGCGGCAAGAUGGCGCUCGACAACUGCUCGCUCGAGCUACAUACCGGACAGAUCACCUCGCUGCUCGGACACAACGGCGCCGGCAAGAGCACGCUCAUCAACAUCAUGACAGGUAUGCUGAAGCCGACGCAGGGCAGCGUGGUCGUGCGUUGCGGCGGCGGCGGUGCAGCUGGCGCGCGGCUGGGCGUGUGCCCGCAACAUGACGUGCUCUACCGCCAGCUGAGCGCGCGCGAGCACGUGCAGCUUUACGCGCAACUUAAGAGCGGACGUGACUUGCACGAGCUGCACGACCAGAUCGAGAGCAUACUGCGCGUGCUGUCGCUGGGUGCGGUAGCGGAGGAGCCCGUGUGGCGGCUGUCGGGCGGCACACGACGGCGGCUGUGUGUCGCGCUCGCCUUCGUCGCCGAGCCCGGCCUCGUGGUGCUCGACGAGCCCACCGCGGGAGUCGACCCGGCCGCCAGGAGGGACAUCUGGUCAAUGAUACUGAAGCUGCGCGAGAACAGAACCAUUCUGCUAACGACGCACCACCUGGACGAGGCCGAGCUACUCAGCGAUCAAAUCGUUAUCAUGCAUAAAGGUCAAAUUCAUACAACGGGAUCGCCGAUAGAAAUCAAACGUUCCCUCGGGAGUGGAUACAAACUAACGGUGAUGUAUCCUGAGACCAGGAGGAGACUGGACGAUGUUUGUGACAGCGUAGAAGAUGAUGAAGUUUGUAUAGAAGAGAAGACCAAACUCCUGAUAGCUACAGUCAGGAAUGUGAUCAGGAAUGCGAACCUGAUGGAUGUGAAUGGAUCAGAAGUUGAGAUAAAUCUACCAUUCUUCGACCAAGAUGGCGUUAGCAGCAACUACCUCGAGGUUUGCUUGGCGCUUGAGUCGCAACAGGCAGCACUGGGCUUCUGUGACUUCAGCCUGGAUUGCAGCAGCCUGGAGCAAGUCUUCUUCACUAUCUGCCACCAGGCCGACGCUCCGGUCCAGAAUGUUGAAUUAGUUUCAGAAACACCAUCUAAAAGCGCAUCGACAUCCAGUCUACGCAAUGACAAAGCUCCACUAGUUCCACGGGAAGGCCCACUGGUGGGUUCGCUGUGGGAUCAGUUUGUAGCGCUGUUAUAUGCCCGAUAUUUGCAUUACACGAGAAAUAGAUCACUGCUGUUCAUGUUGGUGGCGCUGCCCUCGCUCUUCGUGUUGAUUUCAAUGGCGUUCUCCAACAUCCGGCCGCCGCCCAACAGCGAGUUCGCGCUGCCUCUGCACCGGUUGUACGACAACACCACCGACUACCUCGUUAAAAAGCCAUCGAUUUCUGACGAUAGUGUCAUAAGCUCAUUGUUUGCUCAAGACGUCAUGAACACUCUCAUUGCGGAGAAGCGCGCCAGAAAUUGGACAGAUGAGGACAAUCCUGUAUGUAAUUGCGUGGUCACGAAACAGGAAUGUGAUCUGAGUGCCGUAAACAGCAGUGCUCUGCCUGAACUGAUGCUGUUGCCCGAUACGACGACUCUCAACAACUGGAUAGUAGCCUCACACGAUGUCUACAUUGAGAAGAGAUACGGCGGUUAUUCGUCUGUGAUCAAGAACAACAUAUCAAACCUGGUGGUGUGGUACAACAACAAGGGGUACCACGCCAUGCCGACGUACCUCAGCGCGCUGCACUCGGCGGUGCUGCGCGCGGCCAGCGGACGACGCUCAGCAAACAUCACCACCUACACGCACCCACUCAAGAUAUCCAACGAGCCCAUCAACAAGGACACUGUUUACCAGCACAUAGCGGACGCGGGCGUGUCGGCGAUGCUGCUGAUCGCGUUCAGCCUGGCGAGCGCGGGCGGCGCGGUGCGGCUGGUGACUGCGCGCGCCUCGCACCAGCAGCGGCUGCAGCUGCUGGCCGGCGUCUCGCCCGCACUCUACUGGGCCACCGCGCUCGUCUGGGACAUGACGGUAAUAAUAGUAAACAUCGUAAUCACGGCGGCGGUGCUGCAGGCUUUCCAUUUCCCCGUCUUCGUCUCUAGAAAUAAUUUGUCCGCAAUUUGCCUUCUCAUCUUUUUAUACGGGUACGGGUGCGCGGGCGUGGUGCACGUGGCUUCCCGGCUGUUCACGCAGCCCAGUCUCGCCAACAUGCUGCUCUUCUGCGCCAACACCUUCGUAGGCGUCGUCGGCAUCGCCCUGCUGCUCAUACUGGACAUCAUCUCUGAAUCUAAUACAACGGAUACUGCGCGCUGGGUGCUGCACAAGAUUCUAAUGCUGAGUCCGCAGUUCACACUCGGAGAUGGGAUCCUGGAGAUCGCUAAAAACACAAUAAGGGCACAGGUGCUGGGACAGUUCGGCAUGGACACAUACCAGGACCCCCUGAGCAGCGACCUCAUUGCCUACCACUACCUGGCCCUGGUCCUCGUCGGCACCGUCCUGCAUCUCCUCAACCUCGCCAUUGAAUACGACUGCUUCGAAGUUCUACUUGCUAAGUUCCGUUCGGAGUACGUAGAGCCGCUGCCGGACAGCGAGCUGGACCCCGAGGUGCUUGCGGAGCGGCGCCGCGUGCUCGCCGCGCGCACGCCGCUGCGUCUCAGGACUAUUGGCAAUAUUAAUGCAGGCUUCCUCGACACGGAGGAGAAGAAAGGCCCGGUACGUGUGGUGUCCGCGGGCGAUGUAGCGGCUUGUGUGCGGCUGGGCAAGGCGUACCCCGCGCUGGCUGGCCGCCGCCUCGCCCUGCGCGACCUCACUCUCGCCAUACCGCCAGGACAGUGUACAGCUUUGCUGGGUCAGAACGGUGCCGGGAAAUCGACGACCUUCUCUAUGCUGACGGGCGAGGUGCGGCCCAGCGCAGGUCACAUCUGUCUCCGCGACAUCCGCGCCAGCCCCACAGAUCUUUGCAAAGGAUUCAUCAGUUACUGUCCACAAAGCGACGCCAUCGAUCCUCUGCUGACAGUACAGGAGACGCUUAAGUUCUACUGCAGACUGCGCGGUAUACAGGACCAGGACGAGGUGAUAAGAAGGACUAUAGAUACGUUUGACUUGAGCAAGUACCGGGAGGUGCGCAGCGGACAGCUGAGCGGCGGCAACAAGCGCAAGCUGUGCACCGCCAUCGCGUUCAUGGGCAGGACGCCGCUCGUGCUGCUGGAUGAACCCACAAGUGGCAUGGACCCUGGUUCUCGCACGUGCGUGUCGCGCGGCGUGCAGAGCGCGUGCAGCUCAGGACGCGGCGUGCUGCUGGCCACGCACGCGCUGGACGACGCACGCCGCCUUGCCGCGCGCGUCGCGCUGCUGCAGGCCGGCACCCUGCGCGCGCUCGCUCCACUGCACCAGUGUUUGAGGAGGUUCGGCGGCGGGCAGGCGGUGUGGUGGAGGGUGCGGGGCGGGCGCGCGGCGGUGCACGCGGCGUGGUGCAGGCUGCAGGCGGCAGCACCGCACGCCCAGCUGCAGGCGCUUCACAAUAAUGCGCUGCACUUCCUGCUGCCCACACACUCCAUUGUGGACGGCAAGGAAGUGCACACGCGUGUGAGCGAGGUGUUCCGGCUCACGGCGGAGCUUCACGCCGCCUGCGACCUUGAGGACUUCACCGUCAACCAAAGCUCGCUCGACCAGAUGUUCCUAAACUUCGCGGGCUCGAGCAGAUCUCGGGGUACUGAGCUGGAGGAGGCAGAGCUCGCCCCCGCGCGCCCCGCCUCGCCCGCACCCUCCGCCCUCCUCUCUCAUCUCACAGACAUCACCGCACUCUGAUCACACACAUUGCAUUUCUGUGGGUACAAUUGACGCACUCAAAGUUGUAAAGUGACCGAGGCGGUCCCUUAGUGUGAGAUUUAUUUAUAUACUAGUAUUAUGACUUGUAAAAAUUAUAUUUAAAUAUGCAACGGUGGCAACAUCCUAAACACUAACAUGUCAUUAUUUUAAACUGAAUGCCAUAAGUAAAUGCUAUCUCCGAAUAAUAUCAUCUUAAAAGCAAGCAAAAGGUAUCAGAACUAUUUUUAAGGUUAAGACAAACGAACAUUAUUAUCGGUAAUCGAUCGAUUUACCUCACUAAAUGUUUCAUCAUGUUUGUAAACAGAUAUAAUUUUUUUUAGAAUUUAUGUCUGAAAAA